AUGUCGAUGUCUAUUGCAUGUCGCAUUGGCAAGAAAUAUACUACCUUCAGACCACUCCUGUUUGACGAGUCUAUGAGUCGGUAUCCGGAGCGUGAUAAAAUGCAAAGCGCAGCCUUCUUUGAUGGAAGUUAACGAUAUGGAGCCAAAUCUCAAAUUUUCAUUCAAGUUGCUGUUUACCAGCUUCAUUUGCACCUCAAUGGUGUUAUCUGAUUGCUGGCCGAGAUCGAAUUGGCGGAUCUGGUGCUGUCGAGGAUGUGAGUCGCGAGAUUCUCCAUCGCGCCUUCCUCCAAACAGGCGAGACAGGUAAGAUAAGCGACAACACCACGACGUGA